GCCAUAUAUGGGCACACCACCGACUCUCGUUUGCUAUUGGCUGGCCGCCUUAUGCAGCUGCUUGUCAACAAGAUGGCCUUCCUCCUUCAGUCGUUUUGACACUGAUUAUUUUGGUAUCCACGCACACAUACCGUAAACGCUUGUGUCACUUCUAAAUACAUAGAAGGAGAGGGGCUGCUGAGAGUCCUAACAAGGUAUACAAUCCGCUAGGCUGUGUUCAGAGAACUGACAAGCCUCGAUAGCAGCCACCGCCGCUUCGAGAAGAUUGAUAAUAGAAAGUACUGUAGUUGCUGUCGACGUUAGCCCGAGCGGCAGCUAGCUUAGCUACGUGGACGCGAACACUUAAAGUCGUGUCACCUGCAAUUCACUACACAAACUGGUUUGGCUACAAGAAGUACUACGAGGAAAGUCUUACCAUCGACGCUUUAAGAGCUGGGACGGUUGCUUGUGAAGGCCAUAGUUGUUGAGGUUGCAUGCUUGAUCUAAGGGAAGCUCUGCGGCAGACUGUUCCCCACAGGGCAGCACCAAGAUAGGACUCUGACCAUGAGCGCGCUGGUUGUGGGUACCUGCAGGCCAGCAUAGCUGCUGGCAUGUUCCAGAGGUCCGCGUCCUGAUGGACCGAGACACCUUCUCUCACAUCCGUCUGUGGUGCCCACGCCCCUUUGGCACCUACUCGCAGAACAAAGCCAGGAGUCCUGGCACAGGGGGCAAUGUUAUAGCCGUAGGUGGGGCAGGGUCUUCCUCCCUCUGCAAGGGUGAUCCCCCUCCUGGUGCGAGGAGGGCCGGAGAUGGCACAGAAGAUGGAGGAAUUCUCGUGGGUGUGCAGGAAAACAAUGUAAAAGUGGAGGAUGUGGGCUCUGAGAACACACCACCUGAACCUGAACUUAACUCUGGCUCCCUGAUGCAAAGUCAGCCCGCUAUGCCCACAUCCUCUCCUCCACCGCUCCCUUCUUCUGGGACUCAAAUGGAAGAUGGUCGAGUGCUGCUGGACACCUGGUAUGUCAUUAAACCAGGAAACACUAAGGAGAAGAUUGCCUUCUUUGUGGCACAUCAGUUUAGUGGGGCAGGCCAACCCCGACCCAGCGCCAUGAAGGUUAAAGGCAACUGGGCAACUGACUGUAGUAAAGCAAAAAGGCGAAGAAGAUGCUCAUCCUAUGACCCACCAAACCGUACACUUGCCUCCGAAACGCACCUCAGCCAUGGCUCCUCUGAAGCACCCAAAGCACUCCCUAGCCCUGAUCAACCAGCAAUCGAUGGGGCGACUGAGACCGACCUGCUGUCAGUGGCUCAGAUGGUUGCCUUGGUUGAACAAAGGACAGCCAUGGCCCUCCGGAACAUUGUGGCUGUACACGGAAACCAGCACCAGCCCUCCAUUUCCAGUCAAGAGCAGGGCUUUACCCCUCACCAGCACACAUUACUCCGGGAAACAGAAUCGGAGCCCUCGCAUUUGUCCUUCAUGUCUGACAAUUCAAAAGGCCAAUCUUCCAAAGAAGUCAAGGAAUUAUCCGCUCCCAUUCAGACGGACCAGGAGCUGGAGGAACAGCAAGAGUCAUGCCGGGUUGCACAGGCCAUCGCGCACUUUGAGUCUCAGAAUCUGGAGAAUCGCCUCCAUAUGGGCGCUGGUUCAGCUAUUGGCUUUUCUCAUCGAGACAGGGAGCUGAGAGGAGGAGCAGAGUCCAGUCAUGUAGCUCCUCCGCCACCCCCCAAGCACAGCCAAGGGGAGGUGAGGAUAGCUUUCAGAGUAUCAAAUCUGGACCCUUCUUCUCAGCUGGAGCCGGCAGGCCGGUCACGCUGUAUGUUUAUGAGUUGCGGAGGCGGGAGCAGCCAGGCGGCAGCCAGAUCGAAGGAGAAAAUUACCUGUGACCUCUACCAGCUUGUCAGCCCCUCUUCAAGAGACCCCAGUAGCCUGCUGCUUGCCGCCACGACUCCUGCGCCGAAACCAGACGGAGACCUUCAUCACUAUGACAGGCAGACCUGUGGCAGCCCGGAAACAUCCCAGGAACCUUCUUCUGGCGAGAAAAUAUCUCUGGGGGUGGGUCGGGAGCGAGUGACGGGAUUUCACGUGGAAGUCGUGGUGACAGGUGCUGUGGACCAAUGUGUGUUUUAUGGCAAGGACAGUACAGAAAAUGUUCAGGAGGAGACUGUGUGUUUUGCUAUGUCUGGUGGGGGAGGAACGGUUGGCUCUACUGACCACUCAUCAGAGGAUCCUCCUCCAGGACAACUCUUUUUCUUUCCAUCGGCACGAGUGGCAGAGGAGGAAUCAAAUGCAACGGCUUCUGGCAGGGGUUCGGGAUUAUGCUCACUGGACUGUGCCAACAGCAGCAGCCCAGGAGCAGGAGUUCCAUGCUCAGGAGAGCGCGCACCUCGACCGGACUCUCCCCGAGCCAGUGUUGGGGAAGAUUGUUCAGACCCAUCGCUGUGUCGCCUCUAUCGCCACGUCUCCCAUGAUUUUCUGGAGAUCCGCUUUCAGAUUCAGCGCUUGCUGGAACCUCGCCAGUAUAUGCUGCUGCUCCCUGACCACAUCAUGGUCAAUAUCUUCAGUUACCUUCCUACCCGCUCCUUGGCAGCCCUCAAAUGCACCUGCCACUACUUCAAGGUGCUGAUCGAGACCUACGGCGUGCGAGCUGUGGACUCUCGCUGGAAUCAAGACCCCCUUUAUCGAGAUGACCCCUGUAAGCAGUGUAAACGCCAGUAUGAGCGCGGGGAUGUUUCACUGUGCCGAUGGCACCCUAAACCUUACCACCAUGACCUGCCUUAUGGACGUUCUUACUGGAUGUGUUGCCGACGUACGGACAAGGACACGCCAGGAUGUCGUGUCGGACUUCACGAUAAUAACUGGGUCCAGCAGGCUGUUGAUGGCUCUCAGCCCGUCCGAUCCAAGAGAGAGGUCAGACGGGAAGAGGCCAGGUAGAAGAGUAAACAUUUUUGCCUCUCAUUUCUUCUGCUUACCCCGCGUCAUUUCUACUCAAAGGAUGAGCAUGUAAAAGGUGAAAAAGAAAGAGAAAUAAUCACUCCAGGACGUUGUUAAUUCCACCUCAUAUCUUGUUACUCUCAACAUGGUUGAGUGGCAAAGACGGAACAAAAAGAGGUGUGCCACACCAUGGCUUUUUUUUUUUUCUUCGCCUAGUCCUACAGAAUUUCUCUCCUCACUGUACUACAGAGUGGCACAUUAUCAGGUGUGCCUCCCUACCAGUUUUGGGGUCUCUUUUUGCUGCUGUCUGUUUGCCCUGUUCCAAUGCCUCUCGCGUGUCAGGAUUACUGCUCAACUCCGUGCAUUGGAGGUCAUCAGAAAGUUCCUGUGACAAGUUUGCAGUGUAUUUGAUUGAGAUUAGCAUUAAGUGACAAAUAGAAAUGUAAUGCCCUAGAGCCUGGUUUUUGUCCCAAGACUUUUGUCUCCGUUCUGUGUUAGACCACCAACUUCCAUACGCUCAUUGGGUUCAGCGCAGCCGAUUUCAUAAACGAACUGUACUGAACCCACCAUGCCAAACCAUUCAGUGUGGAAUGUCCAGCAUUGCUAAAGAAAUGUGAUUGUAUGCGGCAAACUUGAUAUUCCACCAUAUGGGCUCUGGCCUGCACCAUGCAUUUCUAUUUCUCUGAAUGUGCUGUAUUUAUUAUAUGUCGAUCAGUCCCCCUGAUAAUGCUGCUGAAACCCCAUUGGCUGUGUCACUGAUGUUAUUUCUGGAAAUGCCAUACCAUGAGUUGAUACAGUCUCACAUACUUUAUCAGGUGCCCCCUCCCCCCCCGGAUUCUGAACCUACUUUAGUUCACCAGCCGUCAACAGGAGAAACAAAGGACUAAUUCUGGGAGAUACAAUGUGUAGAUUAAGAUCAGUGGGAUUAAGACAAAAAAAGAAAUGUCGCUUUUUAUGAUUGACUGACUUGCUUGUUUGCCUUUUUUUUUUUUUUAAUGGGGAUUGGCUUUUUUUCGGGUGUACAAGAAUGUUUGCUGUCCUGUUGUCCUACAGGACUUUGCUCCUUAUCAACUGGUCCUCUUUCCCAAAUCACAAAGAAUGUUUUUGUGUUUUACGCAUCAUUGUUCAACUUGUCCAUCUCACUUUUUCCUUCUCCGUCCUCCAACUGGGCAGAGGGUAGUGUUGGCCAUCGGCAACAAUGCUCUUGUGUUAAACCAACCAACACAGACCAUAGAAACUUUCCACCAACCUCCAGCCUUAAAUCCCCCCUUACCUCUAAUUCCCUUGCAGGAGGCAUCAGAUACCUCACAGAUGGUCAAAAAUAUUAGGUGUUGCACCAUACCCCCCCCCCCCACACACACACACCUUUUUUAAGGGGUUUAAUAGACUCUUCAUAAAAUAAAAUUAAAAAGUCCUCUCUUCCUUCAGCUUUUUCCCUUGCUUUUCGACCACCACAUCCCAACAACCUGACUGAUUGGACAUUUUUAUCGUGUUGCUGAAACUCUGCAUGAAGGUGGGACAGUGGUUUGAUCGUCAUGGGAGAUAUCCGUUGGUUCCAGAUAUGAUCAACUCUAAUGGGAAAUAUUGGCAUAAAUGUAAAAGAGGUGAUGAUUAAAACUGGAAAUCCAACAUUGA